GUAACCCUGAUAUCUGAGUCAGUCAAAGGACCUUUCCCAGAAUUGCAGAAACUGUCAAGAAAGAUACAAACUAUUCUGGAAAUGCUUAAGAAACUUGAGAACAAUUGGAACACUAACUGGGAGUCUUUGCAGGUCUCGUACAACGAUCAGCUGCAUGAAAAACGUCGAACACAUAAGAAAAUGAAUACAAUAUUAGAUGAGAUUAAAAAGAAAACCUUGAAUGAGCUAGAUGAUAAGAUGACCAAUCUUAAAGUUUCUCUAAAGACUAUUGUGGACAAUUGUAUCAAGCUUAAAAAUGAACUAAAACGACUUAGUGGAGCAAUACAUGACCUUGUUGAUAAGGGCAUAGCAGAACUCUCAUUUAUUGCAAAUAAGAAAUGUCUUGAACAAGUUAAGCAGUCUGAAGCUUAUCGGAAGGAGAACUCAGUUAAGUUAGAAAGUUUACUGACAUUCCAUGCUGACAAGGAUAUUGAACAGUUCUUCUCUACACUGUCAGGUCUGGGGAGGAUUGUGCUAGUUGACCAAGGACAGUUUCUAAGUGUGCAGUGAGUCCUUCAGGUGACAAUAUAUUUGUCAUCAACUAUGUCCAUCACAAUGUCCUCACCUUGGACAGAGAUUGUUCAGUUCUCCACACCUUUACAGACCCAGACCUGCAAGGCCCCAAUGGUAUACACGUGACUGCACUGGGACAGGUUUUGGUCUGUGGAGGGUCUUCCAACACUAUCUUAAUGCUGGAUUGUAAAAGCAAGAAGAAGCUGGCUACUAUUGCUACAGAGAGGGAUGGACUUUAUGACCCAAUUUCAAUCUGCUUCAACAGGAGCACAGCCUCAAUCAUUAUGGGACAGCAAAGUGCUCUAAUGAUUUACCAUCAAAUCAUGGUGUUUAAAGUACAAUAGUUUUGUUUCAUAAGAAGUUGUAGUUCAAACAUGCUCUUUUUAACAUAAAAUCUUUGCAACACAAAAUUAGUUUUAAGUGUUAUGUUUCAUCACAAUUCACCUGGAUGAUUUACUGUGUUGCUAAGUAAUGCCCAGUCAUUAAUAUUUUUAUGUCCCCCACUACUAUAGUGGGGGACAUAUUGUUUUGCCCUGUCUGUUGGUUGGUUGGUUUGUUUGUUUGCUCCAAUGUUAACAUAACUUUUGCAAUAUUGAAGAUAGCAACUUCAUAUUUGGUAUGCAUGUGUAUCUCAUGGAGCUGCACAUUUUGAGUGGUGAAAGGUCAAGGUCAUCUUUCAAGGUCAAAUAUAUAGCUUCAAAGCGGCGCAAAAGGGGAUAUAGUGUUUCUGACAAACACAUAUCUUGUUUUUUUUAAGUACUUUCAUAAUAAAAUUUUUGGCAGCAUGGAUCUAUUGUUAGGUUUUGUUAGUACACAAUUCUCAAUAAAUGAUUUAUUAUGUUGCUCCACAAUUUAAAAAUAUGCUGUCAAUUGUUUCAAUGUAUCCUAUUAUUGCUCUGAUGAUUAUUAUUUGUUGUACAUGAUCUGUGUAUUGUUUUAAUCUUGAUCUAUAUCUUGAAAAUGACUGACAUGUACAUACAUGAUUU